UAUGUUCGACCAACUCAUUAACAUUUGAAAGUUGUUUCUACUUGAAUCCGCUUUAAUGGCUUAUCAUGGCCUACCAUCAUGAUAAUUAUCUGAUUGUUAGAGUUGAUAAUCAAUCUAACGUUAAUAUUAUUGAUAAUAACAGUUGUAUUUCAAAUAUUUCAUUAUCAACUUUAUCGUCAUCUUCAACAUCAUUGGAUCAAAAGAAUCCAGAAUCAACAGAUUCCAGUUCGGAAUUGAUUGAAGCUAUUCGGCAAGAACUAAAAUCUUGGAUUGAUACAUUAGGAGUGCAAUCAGCUGAGGCACAAAAUCUUAAGGAACCAAUAACAUGUCACACCAGAUUCAUCCAAGGAUCAUUCCGUCAAAAUUCACCUUUUAAACACAAGGAUUUCAUCUAUUUUUUGGUUCAAUAUAAUUCAAAUUCUAAUCAGCUGAAAAAUGAUUCGCUAAAUACUCAUUCAAAUCAACAAACUCUGCAAUUAACUGCAAAUGGGCUCAUUCGGGUUGGUUUUAGAAAUCUAUUUCUCCAACGUGGAGAAAAACUGGUCAAUGUUGAACGUUGUUUCUCAGUAUUAGAUUUUUUUGUAACUCGGCAACGACAAGGAUGGGGUAAAUUAUUGAUUGAUGCGGUCCUUCGAGACCAAUCAAUUACGAUUAAUAACUGCGCAUUCGAUCGACCAACUCCAGUGAUGUUGUCAUUCCUUGGUAAACACUUUAAUCUAGCAACUCCACGAAAACAACAUAACCGAUUUGUCAUUUACGACGGCUUUUUCGCUUAAAAUAGGACCAAGAAUUUCCAAUGGAUUAUAUAACUUGACAUUUAUUAUUUUUUUAUUUUGAUUUAAUUUCAUUUGCAAUCUCAUUUUACAUUGGUGUAACUUAAAAAAGAUGAUUGAUGUUUUAUGCAUUUAAUUAAAUAUCAAGUAUAGCCAUACUUA